AGUUAAUGUUGAUUAAUGAAACAGAUCAGAUAAUGCUAAAAGGUACUUUAAAUCAUCUAAAUGUGUAUUAUAUUAUCUAUGAUAAUACUGUUAAUGAAUCUUGGUCAUUUAAAACUAAAUUCGUUGUUUAGCAUUCAUGUAAGUCAUUGUAUUAUGGUAAUACUGCGUGGCAGACGACGCGCGGCUCUUUCUCUGACAUUCGUUUAUUUGACCUUGGGAAACAUGAAAGCCCUGAUUCUGGUGGGAGGAUACGGCACCAGAUUACGUCCUCUCACCCUGAGCAGACCAAAACCUUUGGUGGAGUUUGCUAACAAACCAAUUGUAUUGCAUCAGAUUGAAGCCUUAGUUCAAGCUGGAGUAACUCAAGUGGUUCUGGCUGUGUCUUAUCAUGCAGAACAGAUGGAACAAGAACUAGCUCAAGAAGCUCAAAAGUUAGGGAUCCAGAUCACCUUCUCAUUAGAAGAGGAACCUUUGGGAACUGCUGGACCAAUCAAACUUGCCCAAUCUAUAUUGGCCUCCAAUGAUGAACCAUUUUUUGUUCUGAAUUCUGAUGUCAUUUGUGAUUUUCCAUUCACCCAGAUGGUCAAGUUUCACAGGCAGCAUGGCCGUGAGGGAACUAUAAUGGUGACUAAAGUGGAGGAGCCUUCCAAGUAUGGUGUUGUUAUUUGUGAUGAAACUGGCAAGAUUGAUAGUUUUGUAGAGAAGCCUCAAGAAUUUGUGUCAAACAAAAUUAAUGCUGGCAUGUACAUAUUUAAUCCUUCAGUUCUGAAAAGGAUUGAGUGCCGUCCAAUGAGCAUUGAAAAGGAAGUGUUUCCAUACAUGGCCAGUGAUGGCCAGUUAUAUGCACAGGAACUUCAAGGCUUCUGGAUGGAUAUUGGUCAGCCCAAGGACUUAACUGGAAUGUGUUUAUAUCUCAACUCUUGUUAAACAAGCAACACUGCCAAACUGUAUAAAGGUCCAGGUGUUGUUGGCAAUGUCUGUGACCCUUCUGCACAAAUUGGGAAAAACUGUCGCAUUGGUCCCAACGUAACUAUUGGUCCAGAUGUUGUAAUUGAAGAUGGAGCCUGCAUCAAGAGAUGUACCAUUUUACGGGGGGCAACCAUAAAGUCGCACACGUGGCUAGAGAACUGCAUUAUUGGAUGGAAAUGCAUUGUUGGUCAAUGGGUAAGGAUGGAAAAUGUGUCUGUGCUAGGUGAAGAUGUAAUUGUCAAAGAUGAAUUGUAUAUCAAUGGUGGGAUGGUGUUGCCACAUAAGAGUAUAGCAACUUCUGUCCUAGAACCAAAAAUUAUAAUGUAAAUUAGUGUUUCAGCAGUUUUUGUUUUGUGAUUUUUCAUUAUUACUAGAGUUACUUUCAUAAUAGCUACCACACUGAAAAAGUAGAGUAGUAAAGGUUCUCAAUUUUUUGAGAUUCAGCUUUGUGAUAUGACUUUAUCAACCUGAUAUAUUUACCAUUAUCAGCAUUUGUAAAUUUCAACUUUAAUUGGUCAUUUUAAAGUUUUAGUUAUUUAAUCCCCUCCUCAUAAUUUCAUCUUUGUACAUAUCUGUUAGAAGGCAUAUUCUUCAACAAGUUCCAUUCAAAAUCCUUUUGAGCUUCCAUUCAUUCAGAUAGGCAAAUAUUAAUUUCUUGGCUGGAAAUUUUACUGUUGGGUAGUGAUUAGCAAAAUAAAUUUUGGUGGUAGCCUGUUGAAGGUUUGGAUGAAUUAAAUAAUCACGAUGUAUAUUCAUCCAAUCUUGAAAAAUUUGUAUUGCAGAACUUAUAUAUGUAACAGAUAUUCUCAGCAAAAUGAAGAAAAAUCCAAAUAUUUGGGAAUGUAUUUAACUGGAAGAAUGACUUUAGUAGUUCCUUUUCUGGAGAUACACCUAAUUUACUUUUAUUUUAGAUGUAUGAUACUCUGUUUAUCAGCAUAAGAAAAUUCCAGAACAGUUAUAAAUUAAUUUCUAGGAGAAUAAAGUUUCCAUGACAAACUGGAAGAAGAACUUUUAAGAUUUCUUUAAUUAAGGUGCAGCUUGAAACCUUUGGUUUUAAAGAAAUAAAAAGAUGGUACUGUAGUUGAAUUAUGCUUAUGUGUACAUAAAACCUCACCAUCUAUUCAGGUUGAGGAAUCACAAGUGCUUCCAUCCUGUAGGUCUUCGUUUGUUAUUCAUGUGCAAUAUAUAUUACAUUAGAUAAUGGAAAAGAUAUGACCUGUAUAAUACACUACACUUUAUACAUUGUAAUGAGGUGUGUGGAACUUUGAAUAAAUUCUCAUGUUCAGCUUUAUAAACUACAGAUUAGAUAACCAACAGUAGAUGUUUUAAAUAUAAUUUUGUUGAAUUAAUACACAGUAGUGUUACAUAAAUUUUCUCUACUAAAAUUCAAGUACGCAAUCCUCAAGUUAGAAAAGAAUAUUGACUAAUUAUGCAUGAGCAGGGAGUUUAGGAAAAAAAACAAAAAAAGUGUGGUUCUUGAAUUUUUUAUAUAGUUAUUUUUGGUGUUAAUACUUCAUAUUUUUAUUAUGUAUUAACUUGCAUAGUGUUUCUCAUGCACACCAUUUUCUACUAUUACUUUUUUUAAUGGGUUAUGCACUAUCAUUGACAAUGGAUAUUCUGCACCAAAAAGUUUAAUGCUAUGAACCCAACAUAUUCACAAGUUACAGGGCCAAUUUUUUCCAAAUAUUCUGGGAAGAUCCCUCAUGAAAAAAUAAGAGAAACAGUAUUCUUUAUUUACCUUUGUAUAUUUUUUCAUAACUGAAUUAUUGUCCAGCAUAAGCACAGUGCUGUAUAACAAUUUCAUAUUGAAGGUAUACCAGUGCCUUUUAAAUACAUUCAUUUUGUACUUAAAAUUCCAGAAUCACAGAUCAUUAUCAUUAACACUUAUAUAUUUAAGGGUAUUACCAGAUAAUAAUAGUAAUAAUAAUGAUGAUAAAUCAUAAUAUAGAUGUCAUGAGGGACCUUGUGCACUUGGCUCAGAAGUCCAUCUUUUGUGAAUAUUGGACGUUAUUGUUGUAUAGUAGCAUGGGUAUUUGUGUAGUAAAUUUUUAUACAAGCACGUGGUGAAAGUCUGAUUUUUUUAAUUGUAUGAAGAUACAUGCUUAAAAAUAAUCUUUAUCCUGUAUGGUUAAUUUGUAAGGAACUUUUACUCAGUUUGAUGUUUAGUAUGAUUAGGCUUAUUUUCACACUAUAAAUAUUAUUGGCACUUAGAACACUUCUCAUGAAAUAUAUUUUAAUAGUUUUUUAUCUGAUAUAAGAACUGACCCUUUGGGUCAACCCUGUGACAGGUAAAAUUCUUUUAAUUAAUUUAACAAUUUAUUAAUUUUUGUGAAAAAGUAUUCAUCAGAAAUCACAAGUAACAUUAUGACAUGUAUACUACACAGUAUUUACAGGAGAAAAGUUGGUAUUGUGUUAGAUAUUUUAAAAUUGCUUCAUACUACUGUCUGAUGCUUUGUUAAAGUACAUUAGUAUAGUUAAUUGAUUAUAAUGUGGCUUGGUUUUUCUCAUUUUAUUUCCCGUUGACAUGAGCUAACAGAAUCUGCAAUUUGAAGUAGUAUGUGUGUUAUCGUUGAGGCCUAUUCUUUCUCAACAUGGAUAAAAAAAAUUGUUAUUUUCAUACAGUGAAAGAGGUGACCAAUAAUGAAUAUUUCUCUAUCCACUAACUUUUUCGCUUGAUUAGUUUCUAUGAUUUUUAAUUAAGUUUGGUAUAGUGUGCCUUAUUUUUUAUGAAUAUUAAAUUACUGCCCUGGUAGUAUUAUCAAACUAAAGUUAUGUUCAAUUUUAUGUAAAACCUUUCCAGGAAGCUUUCUCUGUAUUUGAAAAAGUCCAAAGUUGAGUGAUUUAAAGAAAAAGUACCUCAAUCCAUGACUGGCAGUACUUGAAUUAUAUAAAAAUAUUUUUAGACCACUAGCUAGUGCACACUUGGACUAGAGAAAAGUAAGCCCUCCUGAAUUAGUGUGUUCUGUUUGAUACAUUUAUGAGAAAUUUUUAAAUGUUUUUACAGUGAAUGACUUGGAAGCAAACUGUACAUUCAGCCUUAGUUGAGGAAUGGUUCACUUACCAAAUAAUUAUUUUAAUAAGAAUUUUUUUAAUAGCAUUUUUUUAUACAGUACUCCAUUACUCCAAUAUGUAUAAUGUUCAUGUUAAAAUCAUAUUUUUAGAAGUGAAAUUAUAUAUGUCCAAUUUUGCAUUUCUGAUAUAGUCGAUAUAUGUAUUAGUAUAAGUUACUUUCUAAAAAUUUGAUAAAUCACAAAAAUAAUAGCCAAGUCAUUUGUUGCCGACCUCCAUAUUUAUGUAACCUAAACAGUAACCAUAUACUAUAGGAAGUGGAUUAAUAAUGUUACAGAAGACUGUAGAUAUUACUUUAUACCUAUUAGUGUUACAUGCAACUGUUUCAUAUAGUAUUUUCCUUAAGUAAUCAGAGCUUUCAUUUUAUGGGACAUUUCUGCAGUAGCCAGUAGCAUUCAGUGAAAAUGAUGAUCUAGUUAGUUUUAAAAUAGUUGUGGAAAUUUUUUUAAAAUUAGAAUGUGUUAAUAUUGUUGUUUGGGUUUAAUGAACAUUAAUUUACAGCAUCCCGUACCAGGGAGUUUAACUUGGAACACUUCAGAGCUAACAAAAAAAUAGGACAAUACUGUAUUAGAUUUUGGACCCUCAAGCAAAGAUCAGAAGGAAUGAUAAUCCUGUUUUCACUUAUUUUUGAGUUUUAAAAAUUUUUAUUCAUUUGCAACUGUCUAGAUUGUUUAGGUAACCUUGGAUAUACCUGUGUAGCUUGGGAAGUCUCAUAACCUUGUGUGCAUGUAGAAGUGACUCAGGAUUAAGUAGUACGUAUACUCGACAUAUAAUUUUGAGGCAAUUGUUCAAGGACUUGCUCAAUAUUUAAUAUAGCAUUAUGUAUGAAAAAUAAUAAAGUUACAGUAGUGUUUCAAACACCAUUUAACCUUUCCCAGUCCAUGCAGACUGUCCAAAUGGAAAAAUCCCAUUUCAAAUCUGCACUUAUUGUUCAGUUCAAAAUAAUGCUGUAAACUUCCUGAUCCAUUAUAAAAAUUUUAUCUUAUUCCAGAGUACGUAAAUACUAUGAUAAUGAAAUUAAUUUAAAAAUGGUGAAGUUCUCAUGAUGUUUCCUUGAAUGUGAAAGGCUAAUAGACAUUCAAAAAUGCAGUUGUUACAGGCCUACCCACAGUUUUUUUUAUGGGGGGGGGUCGUUCAACCCGGCCCCCCUUGGUAUAGGCCUGUGUUAGUGUCCUGUAUUGAUUGUGCCUUAAAAUUAGAAGUCAAGAUUUUUGCACAAUUCCAGAGGCCUGCUUACUUGUAUCCCUUUGGAAUAGAGUUGUUUUCACAAUUGUUUAAUGAAGCUAUUUCUUUGUCUCUUACAAAGCUAGUACUAUUAUCUUUGUUGCUGUAACUAUCUUGAUUAAUGCUAUCAUCUUUCUCAUAUUGAGAAGUAUUAUUUAUCUGCAGUAUUUGUGCCGGUAAAGGAAUUAAUAAUCAUUUGUAUAUUUGCAAUAA